AUGGAUCCCCUCGAAGGUCCCUCAAAUAUCAUUCCUGACUCAUUGGCUUCACCCCCUCUGGAACUUGAGACUGUCUCGGUUGAUGAUCCCGAAGCCUUUGCAGCCAAGCACCUGUCUGAUCUUGGAAUUCCAGUAGACGAUUUCAAAAAACACAGCUGGAGAAUACCGAACUAUCGUAAACUACCGAAGCGUGUGACGAGUGACACGUUUACUGCCGGUGGUCAUGAAUGGAACAUUCUUCUUUUUCCCCAGGGAAACUCGAAUGGACAGGCAAACGACAUGGUUUCGAUUUACUUGAAUUACGGAGAUCCUAAAAAGCAACCCGAAGGCUGGCAUGUUUGUGCCCAGUUUGCGCUGGCGAUUUCUAACCCGCACGACGGAACUUGUUAUAUUCAGUCUCAGGCACAACAUCGAUUUACAAACGAUGAACAGGAUUGGGGAUUCACUCGAUUUGUUGAACUGCGGAAGCUUUUCAGUCCAGCCGAUUCACGCGUCAAGCCUAUCAUAGAAAAUGAUGAGACAAUCAUUACGGCGUAUGUGCGCGUUCUGAAGGACGAAACAGGUGUACUGUGGCACAACUUUGUCAACUAUGACUCGAAAAAAGAAACAGGUUAUGUUGGAUUGAAAAAUCAGGGAGCCACGUGCUACAUGAACUCUCUAUUGCAGUCUCUUUUCCUUACAAAUUACUUCCGCAAAGCUGUUUACCAGAUUCCAACUGAGCACGAUGGCCCCGAUUCGGUACCCUUGGCUCUCCAACGCGUCUUUUAUCAACUGCAAACCUCGGAUCAGUCUGUUGGGACAACCGAAUUGACAAAAUCUUUCGGAUGGAAGUCCUUGGAUGCUUUUCUGCAGCAUGACGUCCAGGAAUUUUCACGAGUGCUCCAGGAUAAAUUAGAGAGCAAAAUGAAAGGCACCCCUGCGGACGGUGCAAUCCAAUAUCUUUUUGCUGGAAAGUAUAAAACAUACCUGAAGUGUAUUAACGUCGACUAUGAGAGUAGCCGAGAAGAAACGUUCCUUGACGUUCAACUGGAUAUCAAAGACCUUCAGGGACGGCCGUUCAAAACGCUACAAGAAUCUUUUGAAGCUUACGUCACGCCUGAGACGAUGGAUGGUGAUAACAAAUACCACGCUGGCGACGACCACGGUCUGCAAGAUGCAAGAAAAGGAACCAUCUUCAUGGAGUUCCCCCCUGUGCUGCAUCUUCAUCUCAAACGGUUCGAGUAUGAUUUCCAGAGAGAUAUGCAGGUCAAGAUCAAUGACCGACACGAAUUCCCAUUUGAACUUGAUCUCGCGCCUUACUUGGAUGAAUCGGCCGACAAAACAGCCAACUGGAACUACCGGCUGCACGGCGUUUUAGUCCAUUCAGGAGAUGUCCAUGGGGGACAUUAUUUUGUCUUAAUCAAACCACACCCUGAGUCAAAAUGGUAUAAAUUUGAUGACGACCGGGUGACCCCUGUCACAGACCGAGAAGUUUCAGAGGAUAACUUCGGAGGCGAGCUUAUUAUUAAUGGUGCUGUCGUCAAUGGAGGAGGUAAGGGACUGGGAGGUAAAGGUGGCAUGAAGCGCUUCACCAAUGCCUACAUGUUGGUGUAUGUCAGAGAAUCCGCGGCGGCAGACAUCCUCGCUCCCAUUACCCAGGCCGACACUCCUACUCACCUCAAAUCUCGUCUGGAAAGGGAACAGAGAGAGCAUGAUAAGAAAAAACGGGAGAAGGAAGAGAUGCACCUUUACCUUACCACCAAGAUCAUUACAGACGAUACUUUCCGAUUACAUCAAGGCUUUGAUCUGGCGCUGUUUGAUGAUAGGACGAUGCCUCCCUCCGACCUUCCGACGUUUAGGGUAGCCAAACAGCAGCCUUUCCUGGAUUUCAAAUCCAAGCUUGCUCAGGAUCUUGGUUACCAACCUAACCAAAUCCGUCUGUGGGUAUUGGUCAACCGCCAAAACAAGACAGUCAGGCCAGACACUGUUGUACCAGAACACGAUCCCACCCUAACGAUGGAGGUCGUUCGUGACAAGAUGGCCUCAAAAGCUCAAGACCUGAAGCUUUAUCUUGAAGUUCUCGAUCCCGCGCACGAAGCACAGCCUGUUGAAUCCAAGGAAGGGCAGCUGAUGAUUUUUGUCAAGUAUUUCGAUGUUUCAGAUCAGUCAUUAGCUGGCAUUGGCCACUUUUAUGUUCAUCGUAAUCAAAAAGUAGGAGACGUCAUCCCUCUCAUAAACGCUCGCAUGAACUUUCCAGAAAAUACGCCCCUAAAGCUUUACGAGGAAAUCAAACCUGGAAUGAUUGAUCCGAUGAAGCCCAAAGCAACUUUCCUACAGAGUGAAAUACAGGAUGGGGACAUUAUCUGUUUUCAGAUCGAACUGUCCGACAAAGAACUUGUCGAACUGGAGAAGCAACGACUCUAUCUUGAUCCGGUGGCGUUCUACGACUUCUUCACUAAUCGGGUUCUGGUUCAAUUCAAACCUCGCUACGAUGACAUGGCUACGACGAUGGAGUUUGAUCUGCUUCUGAGCAAGAAGUUUACAUAUGAUCAGAUGGCCAGUCGAGUUGGAGAACGAUUGCAGCAUGAGCCAAUGAAGCUCCGAUUCACCAACAGUCAUCAAGGCAACCCCAAGAAUGUCAUCCGUCGUGCAGCCGCCCAGGGCACUGUGGCCGAUAUGAUCCAGUCGUCGUAUAACAAUGCACCCAGCAACGUUUUAUUUUACGAACUAUUGGACAUGAGUAUCGUUGAGAUUGAGACGAAGCGGAACGUAAAAGUAACAUGGACCGGUGCCCACAAUCGAGAAGAAGGACAGCACUCGUUCUUGAUGACAAAGACUUCUUCGAUGCACGAUGUAGCCGAUAAACUUUCAACACUAGUCACGUUCUCAGAAAACUCUACCCGAAAGAUUAAGCUGUUCACUAUUAAUGACGGUCGGAUUCAAAAACAGUUCGCAGGAGGUGAAAUCUUGAGAGACGUGACCGACGUUGAGGAUAUCUACGCUGAGGAAGUUCAUCAAGAUGAACAGACGCAUUGUGACGAAAAGGAGGGUAAAAUCAUUGAUGUUUAUCAUUUCCAAAAGGAACUGACAAGGAAUCACGGGAUUCCAUUCAAAUUUCUAAUUAAACCAGGGGAAGUCUUUACGGAGACCAAGGAGCGACUGAGACUUCGGUUAGGUCUAUCUGAAAAAGAAAUCAGCAAAAUGAAGUUCUCGAUCGCCCAGUUCAACACGUACACCAAACCAUCUUACAUCCUUGAUACUGAUGUGAUCUUUGAUCAUAAAUGGAUGAAAGGAGAUUUAUUAGGGAUCGAUCAUUUGGAUAAGUCGAGGAAAACUACUGGUAUAGAGAAAGCUGUUUACAUCAAAUAG